UACUCCCGAAGAAACUCCUGUGUGUAUUCCAGACAUUGUAAAUAAUGCUCAGUAUAUUAGAGAAUUAUAUUUCAAAGCUAAUCCUGAUCCUGAUUAUGAAGGAAGAUUCACUGUGCCUGUCCUUUGGGAUAAAAAAUUGCAAACAAUUGUCAACAAUGAAUUGAGUAAGAUGAUCCGCAUUUUUAAUGAUGUGUUCGAUGAUCUCGUUCCAGGAGCAAAAAGCAAAAAUUUAUAUCCAAAACAUCUUGCAAACGAAAUUGACAAAAUAAAUGAUUGGAUUUAUAAUAAAAUUAACUCACGCCCUUUUAAAUCUCUGGAUUAUGUAGAAGCUAUUCUUUUCAAAAAUAAGUUCCUUGUUAGAAACACUUUAACCGAAGCUGACAUUAGGCUUUGGGUUGACAUUGUUAG